AUGGCUGAGACAACAACGCCUGCCCCUGGGCAGGACGCGCAGCCGCGUGACAUCGAGACCGACGCUGCUACAAUUGCGGCAGCGCCGACAAUAGGCGCGCAUACGGACGACGACGAGAAGAGCACGCCCCGGGCCGGCUCUGCCACGGAAACGGACGCGCCAGUUGCCCCGGCCCAUGGCAACUCCGACGACACACUGGCCGGUCCUGGGGCCUCCACAGAAGAAGCACCGGCCAGCGCACCGCCAGCCGGCCAGGCCGACAAGCGAGCGAAAGCUCAGAUUGUCCUGUUGAUGUCCGCACUUUGUAUGUCCGUGUUCCUGGCGGCCCUCGACAUGACCAUCAUCACCACGGCCCUCCCUACCAUUGCCGAGGCCUUUGGCUCGUCCGCUGGCUUUGUCUGGGUCGGUUCGGCCUUCAUGCUGGGGUCCGCUGCUUCUACGGCCGGCUGGGGCAAGUUCAGCGACAUUUGGGGCCGCAAGCCCGUCCUGCUGACCGCCAACCUCAUCUUCAUCCUCGGCUGCGCCCUCUGCGGCGCCGCCAACUCUCUGACCAUGCUCAUCGCCGGCCGUGCCGUCCAGGGUAUCGGUGCCGGUGGCCUGCUCACGCUCGUCAACAUCAUCAUUGGCGACCUCUUCUCCGCCCGUGAGCGCGGCAAGUACUAUGGCGUUAUCGGCAUGGUGUGGGCGACGGCCAGUGCCCUCGGCCCCGUUGUCGGCGGUGCCUUGACCAGCAAUGUCUCGUGGCGCUGGUGCUUCUACAUCAACUUGCCCAUCUCUGGUACCGCACUCUUCAUCAUUUUCUUCACCCUCAAGCUGCCCACACCCCAUACGCCUCUGUUGACCGGCCUCAAGACCAUCGACUGGCUCGGCACUCUCACGAUUACGGGCGGCACCCUCAUGCUGCUGAUGGGCCUGCAGUUCGGCGGCACCUCCUACCCCUGGAACUCAGCCAUUGUCAUCUGCCUCAUUGUUUUCGGCGUCGUCACCAUCGGCCUGUUCGUUGCCAUCGAGCACUGGGUCGCCAAGUAUCCCGUCGUUCCUACCCACAUGUACAAGAGCCGCUCCAACCUGGCCUGUCUGCUGGUCUGCCUGUUCCACGGCUUGACCUUCACCCAGGCCACCUACUUUAUGCCGACCUACUUCCAGGCCGUGCUCGGCGCGACGCCUCUUCUCUCGGGCGUCUAUCUGCUGGCCAUGAGCUUUGGUGUCUCUGUCUGUGCCGCGUCCAGCGGCAUCUACCUCAAGAAGACCGGCCGCUACAUGGACCUCAUCUUUGCUGGCUUCUUGUUUUCCAUCCUCGGCGCGGGUCUUCUGAUUGACUUGCCCACCAGCCAGCACGCGCCCACGUUCUCGUCGUCCUGGGCCCGUAUCAUCAUGUACCAGGGCAUCAUUGGCGUUGGCACAGGUCUCAUGUUCCAGCCGCCCCUCGUCGCCCUCCAGAGCAACGUGCCGCCUCAGAACAAUGCCUCUGCCACGGCCUCUUUUGCUCUCGUCCGCAGCAUGUCCUCCGCCAUCGCCGUCGUCAUCGGCUCCACCGUCUUUGCCAACAAGAUGACCUCCCAGUACGACACCAUCCUCGCCGCUGUCGGCGGCAACACCGCCAUUGCCGACGAACUCACCGGCGCCAACGCCCAGGCCAACCUGUUUCUCGUCGACGCCCUGCCCGCGGCCGCCCAGACCGCCGUGCGUCUUGCGCUCUACAAGGCGAUCCAGGCCAUUUGGUUCGAGCUCGUCGCCUUUGCAGGCGCCGGUCUGCUGGCCAGUUUCUUGAUCCGCAAGAAGGCUCUGCGGGUGUCGCACGAGACGGUCAAGACGGGCAUCGAGGGCGAGGAAGAGCGCCGGCGCAUUGCCCUCGCCAAGAAGGCGGAGCAGAAACAGAAGGCCGCCAAGAAGACGGUGGGCGAAGGUGAAGGUGUGUAA